UGGCGGACUGAGUGUUCUGUGUGGCGUUCCAGGCUAGUUUCCGAUUUACGAUCUGUAACGUUAUACAUUCAAGCCAAUAUGGCUACAAAUCUGGUUUUUGUAAAGCUCACGUAAUACAAGUUGAGUUUAGAGCGAUGGAGUGUUACCUAAAGUGAGGAAUGACGACAUAAUAGAAGAUGGACUAUGCUAAGAUGGCGACGUCUGGUAGAAGAAAACGUGAAAGAGAAUCAGCGUCAACAACUUCCAGCACAUUCUCAACGGAGAUAAAGACCAGGACUGUAAAUAAAGACGUCCAGCAGCUGAUUGGUCAUCAAGAAGAACUUCUCACUCUGUCAGGAGGGAGCUCCACUUUGAAGCCGGAGACUCCACAGCCACCCCACAUUAAAAAGGAAGAGGAGGAACUCUGGAUCACUCAGGAGGGAGAGUGUCUUCUAGGACCGCAUGAGGCUGAUCUCACCAAGUUGCCUCUGACUAUUGUAUCUGUGAAGAUUGAAGAUGAUAAAGAGAAACCACAAGUAGACAACCCCUUAGCUCCACUAUCAGAUAGUGAGGCUGAAGACGAGGUUGGACAACAUUUACACAGCGAUACAGACUGUGAAGACGUCCAGCAGCUGUUUGGUCAUCCAGAAGAACUUCCCCAUCAGUCAAGAGGGAACUCCACUUUGAAGCAGGAGACUCCACAACCACGCCACAUUAAAAAGGAAGAGGAGGAACUCUGGAUCACUCAGGAGGGAGAGUGUCUUCUAGAACCGCAGGAAGCUGAUCUCACCAAGUUGCCACUGACUGUUGUCUUUGUAAAGACUGAAGAUGAUGAAGAGAAACCACAACCAGACAACCUCCUAGCUCCACUAUCAGAUUGUGAGGCUGAGGACAAGAUUGAAGAACCAUUGAGCAGUGGUACAGACUGUGAAGGUGAUUUUAUGACUCAAACUAACAACAAACACUUUGAAUGCUCUAAAAAGAAAAAAGGUAAAAAACGUUUGAGCAGCUCAGUUUGGGCUAAAAACUUUUCUAAACAGAGCAAUUUGACUGAUUACACGAGAACACACACAGUGGAAAAAACAUUUACCUGUACGGUUUGUGGCAAAAGCUUUUCCCGAAACAGCUUUUUGACUGCACACAUGAGAACACACACAGGAGAAAAACCAUUUAACUGCUCAGUUUGCUGUAAAAGCUUUUCUAUGAAGUGCAGUUUGACUGAACACAUGAGAACACACACGGGAGAAAAACCAUUUAAUUGUUCAGUUUGUGCUAAAUUAUUUACUAGCAAAAGCAAUUUGACUCAACACAUGAGAACCCACACAGCAGAAAAACCAUUUAGUUGUUUAGUUUGUGGUAAAAGCUUUCCCCAAAACGGAUACUUGGCUGCACAUAUGAGAACACACACAGGAGAAAAACCAUUCAACUGUUCAGUUUGUGGUAAAAGCUUUUCCAUGAAGUGUAGUUUGACUGAUCACGUGAGAACGCACACGGGAGAAAAACCAUUUAACUGUUUAGUUUGUGCUAAAUGUUUUUCUAGCAAGAGCAAUUUGACUCAACACAUGAGCAUACACACAGGAGAAAAACGAUUUAGUUGUUCAGUGUGUGCUAAAAGAUUUCCCCAAAACAGUUAUUUGACUGCGCACAUGAGAACGCACACAGGAGAAAGACCAUUUAACUGCUCCGUUUGUGAUAAAAGCUUUUCUCAAAAGAGAAAUUUGAUUCAACAUAUGAUAACACACACUGGGCAAAAACCAUUUAAUUGCUCAGUUUGUAGUAAAACCUUUUCUCAAAAGAUCAGAUUUACUCAACACUUGAGAACACACACUGGAGAAAAACCCUUCAAUUGUUCAGGUUGUGUUAAAAGCUUUUUUACCAGACAAGGUUUGACUAAACAUAAAAUGAAACACAAUGGAGAAUGAACAUUUAAUUGGGCAGUUUGCAGUAAAAUAAUAAUUUUUAAUGCAGAUGCAUUAGGACACAUAAGAACACACACGGGAGAAUACCCAAACAGUUGUUUAGUUUGUGGUGUAUUGCUGAUAUGUGGCGACAUUCUUCCAAACCCAGGACCUCAUCAAAAUAAGCCCAAGUUUCUUACACAUACCGUACAUUAAAAUGUUGAGGUGAGAAGUUAUUCCAUGGUGUGAAAAAGUGUUUUCCCCCUUCCUGAUUUCUUGUUGUUUUAUUGUAUAUUGGUCACACUUAAAUGUUUCAGAUAAUCAAACCAAUUGAAUUUUUAGUCAAAGUCUAUUAAGUGAACACAAAUGUUGUUUUUAGAUGAAGGCUUCUAUUGUUAAGGAAGAAAACAAAUUCAAACCUCAUUGGCCUUGUGAGAGAAAGUGAUUGCCCCUAACUGUUCGGUUUCUCUUGCCACACCCAGGCCUGAUUACUGCCACGCCUGUUCUCUACCCAGAAAUCACUUAAUAGGACAAAGUGAAGUAGACCAGAAGCUAGACAUCGUGCUGAGAUCUAAAGGAAUUCAGGAACAAAUGACGUAGAAUGUAAUUGAGAUCAAUCAUCUGGGAAAAGGUAAUAAAACCAAUUCUAAAACUUUGAGACUUGAGCAAACCACAGCAAGAGCCAUUAUCCUCAAAUAGAGGAAACGUGGGACUGCAGUAAACCUUCCCAGAAGUGUCCGGCCAACCAAAAUUACCCCAAGAGCACAGUAAAGACCCAAAGGAAACCAGGACAACAUCUAAAGAACUGCAGGCCUCCAUUGCCUUAUUUAAAGGGGAACAUUAUCACCAGACCUAUGUAAGCGUCAAUAUAUACCUUGAUGUUGCAGAAAAAAGACCAUAUAUUUUUUUAACCGAUUUCCGAACUCUAAAUGGGUGAAUUUUGGCGAA